UCAGAAAAAACAUCAAUUAGUAGAAGAAGAGGCAGAAAUAAUACCUGAUUUGGCAAAUGAAAAUAGACCAGCUCUAAAUAUCCAAAAACAAAACUCAUUGAGUCGAAAUGAUGGCUUGGCAUUGAUCCGCUCCCUAAAUAACACUCAAAUGGACAUUUUUUUACAAAAUUAGACAGUGGUGCCUCGAGAAAGUAGGUGGGAGAAAACCCGAGCCUUUACACUUAUUCAUCACAGGUGGUGCCGGGACAGGAAAAAGCCACCUAAUUAAAGCCAUCCAUUAUGAGGCUACCAGGUUGUUGUCAACAAUGUGUCGGCAACCCGACAACAUUUCUGUAUGUCUGACGGCUCCGACAGGUAUUGCUGCGUACAACCUGAAUGCCACAACCAUCCACAGCACCUUGAGCAUUGGCAAGGAUACCCGUUUGCCUUACACACCACUGGGUGAGGAAACGGUGAAUUCCUUGCGUGCCAAGUUUGCGGACCUCCAAAUUUUGAUAAUUGACGAAAUAUCAAUGGUAGAUCACAAGUUGUUGACAUACAUUCAUGGUAGGUUGCGACAGAUCAAACAAACUGGGGACUAUGCUGCUUUCGGCAACGUCAGCAUCAUUGCAGUAGGUGAUUUCUACCAGUUGCCGCCAGUCAAGGGAAAACCUCUCUACGUCGAAGAUGCCACUUUUAACUUGUGGACCAGUCUCUUUCUUGUGGUCGAACUCACAACGAUUGUGCGUCAAAAAGAUAAUGUAUUUGCAGCGUUGCUAAAUAGACUACGCAAACAGCCAAAAGGCGCGGCGUUGUUAGAAACAGAUGUCGCACUUCUAAAGCAGUGGGAAACAGGUGAAGUCAGCACCGCAUUACAUAUUUUCCCAACCAAUCGUCAAGUUAAUGAAUACAACUUAAACCAGCUUUUCAAAAUAUGCCCGCAGUACACAACAGUGAAAGCUCAGGAUUACAGCCAUAACAAAAAAUCAGGAAAAUUAGAAAGAAAAGUAGGGCACCACAGCAAAGUUUACAACACGUGUUUAGAGGAAACUCUGCACAUCGCUAAAGAUGCACGUGUAAUGCUUUGCAAAAACAUCGAUAUUGACGACGGCUUAGUUAACGGGGUUAGUGGCACUGUCUCUGAUGUUCUUUUCCAAAAGGAUGACACAUUUCCGAGUAAGAUAUAUAUAAAGUUUGAUGAUGCCAAAGUAGGUCAACAAAGGCGCGCACAAACUGCUGAGUCUGUCACGCUAAAAGACAGUACAUUUAUUCUGCCAGAGGAAGAAAAAGUAACUAAAAGUGGUGGCAUGCGUCGCCAGUUCCCUCUGAAGCUCGCUUGGGCUUGCACGGUACAUAAAGUCCAGGGUGUUACCGUGAGCAAUGUAGUUGUGUCUCUAGACAGGGUGUUUUCCGCAGGGCAGGCGUAUGUUGCAUUGAGUCGGGUCACAGCUUUAGACGGUUUGAUUAUUGAAAAGUUUAAUGCCGAAAAGAUUUACUGUAAUGAUGCCAUUAAGAAUGCUGUAGGUAGGAUGCCAGCAUUUUUGACAGAAAGUGAACCAACACAAACAAAUGUACAACCACCACAUUUCACAAUUUACUUGAUGAAUGUCCAAAAUUUGACAAAACAUGCGUCAGAUUUGGCAGCAUGUACACAGCACCUGCAGCCUAACUGCAUCGCUGUGACAGAAACGUGGCUGCCAACGGCAUGUACACCCAGCAGUGUAACCAUUCCUGGGUACCAUUUCCAUAGCCAACCACGAUGUUUGUCUUACUCCAGCAGUAACCCUGCUUUGGUAGAAUUACAAGGGCAACAGCAUGGCGGAGUUGGCAUGUACAUUGCAGACCACCUGCACUGUAGUGUUGUCUCCGCCCCAAACUUCAACUUGGAAGUUUUACUGGUGAACUGCUCCGCACCCAGUGUGUUAAUAGCAGUUGUGUAUCGACCACCGUCCUAUCCAAUGGCGUUGUUUCAAGGUCACCUUGGCACGCUGCUGGAUUGGUUGCACCAGAAGUACGCCAGCAUUGUCAUACUGGGAGAUUUUAAUGAAAAUUUGUUAAAAUCUUCCACUAUCAGCACAUGGCUAGGAAAGGGUUCUGCCAGUCAGUCAAACAUCCUACCACAGAAAAGGGUACACUAAUUGACCAUGUUUAUGUCAAAACAUCACACUUUGAUGUAGAAUCGGUUGUAAUGCCCACUUAUUUCAGUGAUCAUGAAGGGAUUUUGUG